AAGUAUUGAAUUAGAAACCGUAAAAGGUCAAAUUGGAAAGAAGAUACGGCCUACGGGAUAUAGAGGCAGUUCCUCCGACCGAUGAUGGUGGUAUCCACUCGUGUAAAAGGAAAGGGGAGGGAGGGAGUUAUUAGGGGAGAUCGAAAUAAUGGCGUCAGAUGAUGAUGUUAUGAAGAUGAGAGAAGUGGUUCCUCCGAUGAUGGUGGUAUCCGCUCUUAUCGCACUCAUGGCCAUCGCCGCCGCCGCGGGUUUCACCGGAAUGGAGAAGAAGGAGGGCGGCGCGGCUUUCCAGGCGUUUCUCGUCGCGGACACAAUCGCCUUCGCGUGUUCCCUUUCUGCAACCUUCGCUUGCAUCGCCGCCACCGGCGCACUCUGGUUCCCCGUCUACAGUGACACUUUGGAUAGGGCUUGCUACAUCGCCGGAUAUUUGCUCGUCGCCGCUCUGGCUGCCGUCGUAAUCGCCUUCGUCACGGCGGUCUACUCUGCUGUUUCCGCCCAUUCAACUGCUGUCGCCGUCGUCGUCGUUGGCCUCUCUAUUUACUUCCCGCUCACCUUCUUCGUCACCAUUCGCAUUAUUUUAGACAUGAUGGAGUAAUUAAGAAUAAAUGUGAGAAACAAUA